CUGCGUUACUUCGCUCGGCCACCAUUUUGAGCUCGACCGCUAUUGUGAUUUGCCAUUCCGUCGAGUCGAUUUCAAACAUGUCCGACCAGCUUUGCAAACUCUUCGUCGGCGGCCUCAACGUCGAUACCGACGACGACGGCCUCCGCAAACACUUCGAGCAGUUCGGCUCCCUCACCGACUGCGUGGUGGUGGUCAACAAACAGAUCCAACGCUCCCGCUGCUUCGGUUUCGUCACCUACUCGACGCCCGAAGAGGCCGACGCCGCCAUGGUUGCAAAGCCGCACAUCGUCGACGGCAACACCGUCGAAGUGAAGCGGGCCAUGUCCCGGGAAGACGCCAACAAACCCGAAGCCCUCGCCAAGGUGAAGAAAAUCUUCGUCGGCGGACUCAAGGACGACAUCGAAGAGAACGAUUUGUGCGAGUAUUUCUGCCAGUACGGCCAAAUCGAGAAGUCUGAGGUGAUCUCCGAGAAGGACUCGAAGAAGAAAAGAGGCUUUGGCUUCGUGUACUUCACGGACCACGACGCCGCCGACAAGGCCGUGGUGAUUAAGUUCCACACUAUCAAUGGACAUAAGGUGGAGGUGAAGAAAGCCCUCACUAAGCAGGAAAUGCAGGCCGCCAACAGAGGCGCAAUGUCCCCGAGAGGAAGGCCCGGCCGAGGCAUGAGGGGGAAUCAAAAUGGCUACGGCGGUAGAGACUACGGCGGAAACUACAGCUACGGAAAUGGCGGCGGCGGAGGCUACGGCGGUGGCUAUGGGGGAUACGGUGGACAUUACGGGGGUGGCUACGGCGACCAAGGCGGCUAUGGUGGUGGAAACGGCUACAGCGACUUCGGCGCCGGCUACGGCCAACAUUCCUCCGGCUACGGUCCCAUGAAGGGACCCUUCGGCGGCCAGCGUAAUCCGGCUCCCUACGCCCGGGGAGGUGGUGGCGGUUACCCCCGAGGUGGCUACAGUGGCGGCUACUAAACCACGCGAGCAUCGGGACCAUCCCCCAUCCACCCUCCAGAUUACACCUCGGAUUUGGACGUCAAAGUCAAAAUUCUCUAACGGGGGUCAAGCCCCCUCACAAACAAAAUGAAGACCUGAAAGCCCCCAAAACAGGUUGCAACGGGCUAAGGAGAAGGUCGUCCCAAAUGUGCUGGCGUGGGGACGGCGUGGCGGCUGUGUGGUGCCUUCUCUCCUCAGGUUAAGUCUGAGAACUCCUCAGUCUGCUAUAGUGCUGCAACGAUUAAUCGAUGAACUGGAGUAAUUCGAUUUAUUAAAAAGAAUAUUCAAAUUAAAUUUUGCUGCUUUGAGUAGUAAUGGCUUGUUUUGAAAGUAUGCACUUAGUUUUAAUGAUACUGUCCUCUCUUGGCAACAGUGAAUAUGAUGUCAUUACACAUGGCUGAAUACAGCUGCUCCCUGUUCCGACCAACAUAAGCCAAUUUUUUUGAGUUAAUGUUUUUUAAUGCAUUUGUAAUUCGGUUUAUAGGUAUAUUUAGUCAGCUUUUUGUGGGAAUGUGUUUGAACCAUUUGUUAAGAGCAUUGUUAAAAAUAAAAGUUAGCGUUUCAUAGCAUUUAAGCUAGCAGACUUUGCUAUGCAAGUUAGCCAAUUGUUCUUUUGUUGUACUUAGAUCCUCAUCUUUUUUUUUUUUUUUUUUUUAAUACCGUUUGAGGCUUAGCUCGGGUAAUUUUAAUUAGUUCAUCGAUUAAUCGAAUACUAAAAUAAUCAGCUGCAGCCCUAGUAUGCUAUUUGUUUAAACAAAGUUGAAAAUAAAUGAAUGAAAUCAACUUUGUAAUGUUCCAUUCAACUCACUAAAUGUGAGUUGGUAAUUUAUCCUUUUUGUUAUUUUUAAAAGAAUAUAAUCUGAUUACAUGUAUUGUCAUUGGGCAAGAACAAAAAAUAUAGUGGUGCAGUAUUUUAAAACUAAAACGGAAUUGCAAAUAGACAUCAGAUUGAUGCAAGAUGGCAGAUCUGGCUAAAAUGUCAUGUUUUGUUUUACAGGAUUUGUGGUGCAAAUGGAGAUCAUACAGCUGUAACAUUUUUAUUGACUUUUUAUUUUCUUGAAUAAAUUUUUAAUACAA